GUAUUAACGUUAGAUCAUUUUCUGCAGAUUCUAAAGUGGUCGCCAGAUGUCGCAGGGGAGGGUGUGCGAUGUUCCGGUCACGUGGUAGGGGGUCACGCAAUUGAGCAUUACUCAGACCCCUCUGACGUGGCACAUGCAACGACACCUUUUCACAUCCGCCAUUUUGGAGACUGGUAUCUACCUGAGUCCUUUUUGUGACAAGCACCAGAUCAUACAAGCAAUCGACCAUGGGGAGCGUGUUCGGUAAGCUGUUCCAGGGCCUGUUUGGCAAGAAGGAGAUGCGCAUCCUGAUGGUGGGGUUGGACGCCGCCGGAAAGACGACCAUUUUGUACAAACUCAAGCUUGGAGAGAUUGUCACAACCAUUCCGACUAUUGGUUUUAAUGUAGAGACUGUUGAGUACAAGAACAUCAGUUUCACGGUAUGGGAUGUGGGUGGGCAGGACAAGAUCAGACCGCUGUGGCGUCACUAUUUCCAGAACACACAAGGCCUAAUCUUUGUGAUAGACAGCAAUGACAGGGAGCGUGCCACUGAGGCGAAGGAAGAGUUGAUGAGAAUGCUGCAGGAAGAUGAGCUCAGAGAUGCCGUAUUGUUAGUCUUUGCCAACAAGCAGGAUCUUCCGAAUGCCAUGAAUGCUGCAGAAAUCACGGACAAGUUGGCACUACAUAACCUCCGCAACCGACAAUGGUACAUCCAGGCCACAUGUGCAACAAGCGGAGACGGGCUAUACGAAGGGCUGGACUGGCUUUCCAACCAACUGAAAAACAACAAAAACUAGAUCCCAUCCCAGUAGAAACAUGGUUUUGGGCAGCUUGAGAAGGGGGCACUGUUCAACCUUGUAUAAAGCUAUCCCUGACAGACCCUUGUAGCUUUCCUUGUAGUUCUGUGAAGGAUUUCAUUGCUGUAUUGGCAGAACUCUUUUGUGUCAAUGGUAUAGUGACAAGAAAGCGCCAACUGAAGCAAAAAUAUUUUCCCAUUGUUAGAAAGCUAUAGCCAAUAUGACUACUCGUGAGCUAUUGUCACUGUGCACCUGUUUGCAGCCUUUUCACCUGUCUGUGUAGCUGUUCGCAGCAGCUGCAAUAGGUAAUGCACACAGUACCGCAGUCGUGUCAAAGCAAGUCAACCUUAAACUAAAAUUGUUUUAGCGUAAAAGCAAAAGACUGAAGGGAAGGAAAACUUUGGGAAGUAAGGAAGGAAAUGGAGAUCUCAGUCAUUCAGUUUUGAUUGUGUGACAUGUGGUACCAUUUGUACCUGCAAGGUGGCGCUAAUGAGUUGCUAAUUUUCCAGGUUGUGUGGGGCUAAACAUAAGCCUCUCCACAUGUACACAGAAUUGUAAGGAAAGCUGUAAGGGAUCCUUCAGGUUUGGAGUUAGUGAUAGUGUAAUCAUUUGUUACAUAGUGUAAGACAUUUUAGCACAAAAAAAAACAAGAAUCCAGUUUCCUCUCACUUUAAUUUUCAAGUUAUUAAUUGAGUGUUCUCUUGAGCCCAGACCAAAUUAUGGCACAUUAAAAGAAAACAAUAGUUGAUUAUAUAAUACUGCACAGAACCAGUCAACCCUUGCACACAUCUCAUUUGUACAUUUCUUGGUAGUUAGUUGGUUACUGGCACAUAUGAAAAACUAGAUACAACAGACAGUGCAGUGUUCAGCAAAAAGACUAUGUCCAAGUCAGGUCAGAUAAUUGUAUGGAUGACGUCUACAUAUACACUAAUAAUGGUAGGGUUAUAAUACACAGCAGAUGUAAAUUAUAUGUGAAAUAAACAAAACCACAGAAGUUUGUAUCAAGCAGACGUAAGUUGUUUUUAAGGACUGUUCGAAUGUUCAUUAACAAGCCAGAAGAAAGGGAUGUACCUAAAUCACUAUAUUGUGUAUUGUCUGUCUUUUAAUGCUACUAACAUAACUAAAUGUUUUGCCUUUUUUGCAUUGAAUUAUUACAGUUGGUGACGUCAUCCAUAGACUUUAUUAAAUGGCCUGUAGGAAAAGAAAGGAAACAAAAUUGGGGUUCAUUCUUAAACAGUACUGGGCAGUUUAGUGGUGAAUAUAUCGCACCAGACCUUCACUGUUGUUGGCUCGUGAGUAUCACACUGGUUGUGUGUUGUCCUCUAAACUUCUGUAACUGAACAACUUCAACUUGCUGGGCGAAGUAAAGAUGUGUUAGGUCUACCUAGAGUUGCGCUCGACUCCUUUUUGGGUGUUUGUUGGGAAAAUUAUGUUUAAAUAUGGUAUUCCUCACUAGCAGUCUGACAAUAGAAAGGCUCUUCUUUUCUUCCUAAAAAUGAUUAUUGUAAUUUUAAGGAAAGUCUGUUUGAGAGUUGUGAAAUGUGUAUAGUACUGGUAAAAGGUAGCAGCAACAAAACAUCCUGUAUUUGUAGUAUCCGACAACAAAGCACUAAUUGUCCGAAUUAUAAGAUGUGAUACGUGCAUUUGCAACAGAAGUUUUUUUUUAAAGGCAGUUUUGAAGGGUGUGAAAAAUCAUUAUUCUAACACACAAGAUUGCUCGGCUGUACAAAGGUGUAUCACACUGAUUUAAUAUUAUAUCUGGCAUGCUAAAUACAGUUGUCCUGAAAUUGUUUCAGACUUAACCUGACCUGAUUUAAGUACUGUUAGUGGAGAGAGAGGAUUGACUAUAGUGUAUAAUGUAUCUGUCAGACCUGUUCUAGAAAAAGAUGGAAAAGUUUGUCCAGGGAGUAAUGAUGAUUCUUUACCUUGUAUGUAUGCACUCUACAUCAAUAAACUUGCAAUUACUGCUGUCAA